AUAUCUAUUAAAAAUUAUAACAAACAGUUGAUAUCCUCUACAAUAAAAAAAUCAUUAAUCGUUACCGAAUACGUUAUACUGCGGUCUUCAAGCGCACGGCAGUUGGCAAUGCUCGUGAAAUAAUAUGUGCUGACAUGGUUGAACUAGUUAGUCGAAAUAACACCGAGGUAAUACGUUCAACGAUUAAACGCCUAAAGAAGCAUAUUAUCAUAUUUGUCUUUACACUGCUUGUUGUAAUAUCGAUUCUCAACUUAUCCAAGCAUCCUAAUCAGAUUUUGCCGUUAAUAUUUGUAACUAUAGUAUUAUUUUCGGCUGUUUACUACACUACGGUUUUGAUCUUGAAAUUUGUUACCGCGUUCGCAGCUAACCAACUGGCAGAAGAGACAAUGAAUGCGGACAACGACCAAACGCUUAAAACGCCGGACCGUCCCUAUCCCACUAGCCCCACUCCUCCACCGUCUUACGAAGAAGCCACAAAAAAUGAUAAUGCCUACUAUCAACCGCAUCAACCCUUGCCUUCUACCAGCAGCCAAGCAACCGGUGGAAUGCCAUUCGUUUCCAUUUUCAAUCAGUCCAGAAUAGUGCCGACUGGAGGCGACAGCGGUUCGACAAGCCAAGCAAACACUCAAAACAAAGGGAUCGACAGUCAAACAACAAGUGUGACUAGAGGAGCGGUCCAGACCAUACCUUGUGUCACAAUCACCGCAGAAAACGAUCAGCCUAGUACGUUAGAAUUUUAACUCUGACAUUGAUGGUUUGUUAAGAACCAAAACAGUUUAAAUAUAUUAUACCUAUGUAAUAAUUAUAGUAAUUGAUAUUGUUA